AUAGCUGCCAUAUAUUAGAACCGCUAUUCCGGUUUUGGAAUAAUAGAUUCCAAGGUCGUUAUUAGCGAGCUUGAAAACAUCUAAAACUCAAUUUGGAGCUCAAUCAAAGCAUUUGCGUGCAAAGAUGUACAUCAUAUUUAGACCAUGCUUGUAAAAACGCCCUGUAAGAAGGGUUUUGACAACAUUGUCACGUUUGCGAGCUUAAAGGUUUUUUACGAGUUUGUUGGAAAGAAAAGCUAUUUUAAUAUGGAGGUUGACCCAGAAGGGUUCAAAGAGGAAGCAGUACCACUGAAAAUGGGGAGGGAGCUGAGCGGCGGCGAUUCACGUUCAAAAACUGAAAACAUGGGCCCAUUGACGCAGAUGUCAUCGGAGCAGAAAACCAACGAGAAAGUGAUGAUGAUUAUAGACGACCAGGGGAGGCAAAUCCGAGAACUCAUGCAGACAAUCAAGGUCCAGACGGCUAAAAUUGACAGCCUGACCGAAUUAUCAAGAAGCAAUCCAAUGAAGUGAGACCCCUGUUUUAUAACACACAACAUGAAUUUGGAAUAAAUCUAUAUAUAUUUUGAUUUAAUACAAUUAUCGUACCAUUGUCAACAGGAUUGUUUUUUGUAACUAGAUAUAUUUUGUGC